AUGCGGCCGCAUCGGCGGCAUCAAUACGGCCCGGCGGAGGACUCUUCGAGAUAUCCGAAGCAUUACUCCUGCACUUCCUUCAAAGACAUUCAGGAUCUCCUCAACGAAGAUCCCAUUUCUCUACCUGAUUCCCCGCGACGCCCGUCACUUCUCCACCGCGCUCGGAGCUCCAGCGUGUACAGCCCACGCGCCGCCGCCGUCUCGUCCGGUAUCUUCUCCGCCGUGGAUAUCCCCAACGCCGGACACGGCGGCGUGGUUCUCUACUUCACCAGCCUCCGAAUCGUACGAAAGACCUUCGAGGAGUGCAGGACUGUUAGAUCCAUCCUUCGUGGGUACCGGAUCCAGAUCGACGAGAGAGAUCUGUCGAUGGAUUCGAAAUUCCAGGACGAGCUGCAGGAGAUCUUCGGGACGAAGAAGGUGUCGCUGCCGAAGGUGUUCAUCGGCGGAAGAUACAUCGGCGGAACGGAGGAGAUCAAGCAGAUGCAGGAGAGCGACGAGCUGAUGAAGAUGAUCGGAGAACUAGAACCGUCGGAUGGGACGUACGCCGGGAUCUGCGGUGAGUGCGGAGGGCAGAGAUUCGUUUUGUGCGAACUGUGCAAUGGUAGCCACAAGAUCUUCUCAAAGUAUGGCUUCAAGAGCUGUACGGCUUGCAGCGUGUACGGUCUCGUCAGAUGUCCGGCGUGUUUCCCGGCGUACCGGCGACGGACUUCGCCGUAG